AUGACUAAAUCAAACGUUAGUUCAACAAACAAACUUGUUAGUGAUGAAAAAGUUCCAGCAAACGCUAAAGCUGAUUCUUCCGUAAAAAAAAGCCUGAAAAAUGAAAGAGUCACAGCUUUAAAAUCAAAAAAAGAUGAAAAUCGCAAGAAUGAAAAGAGGUCUGUCAGUGAGAUUAACGCUCCAGUCGAAUCGUCUAGUGAUACGAAAAAAGUGAAGAAAUCGCAAGUCUCGACGAGCAACGAAGUCGAAAUUUUUGAAGAAGACAAAGAAAUAAUGGACAGCGUCAUUAAAAACGACCCUUAUUUGUUGGACGAAAUCAAAACACAUAUGGAAUCGAGAAAUAUCGUCAAGUGGACGAAUAAACAAAGAACUCUUACCUUUUGUUCGAGAGGAGUGACUCAACAUCACAGACAUCUACUUCAAGACUUUCAAGCCAUCAUGCCUCACCACAUUAGCGAGCCCAAAUGGGAUAAAAGAUUGAGUCUCGAACACAUAGUAGAGGCAGCUGAACUUAAAAACUGCAACAAUGUAAUGUUUUUUGAAGCUAAGAAAUAUGAACAUCUGUAUCUUUAUCUGGUACGUUGCCCAGAUGGUCCGACGGCGAAGUUUCAAGUUUUCAACAUACACACAAUGAACGAAACGCGCUUUCUCGGUAACUGUACUAAAAACAGUAGACCAAUCAUGGUUUUCAGCAAAGAAUUCUCUGUCGAGCCGCAUUUAGGAUUGCUCGAAGAAAUGUUUGUACAAAUUAUAGGUUGUCCUAAAUACCACCCUAAAUCAUCUCCAUUUUUUGACCAUAUCCUUUCUUUUUUCUACCUCCAGGGAAAAAUCCUUAUUCGACAUUACCAAAUUAUCAGCAAAAAGCUAGAUAAUGUCAUUGCAAAUCAAGAACUUAGAGAGAUCGGUCCUCGACUCGUGCUUGAACCAAUAAGAAUUUUCUCUGGCUGCUUUGGCGGAGCCACUCUGUGGAAGAACCCAGAUUAUAAAACUCCUACCGCUCUUUCGAUCGAGGCAAAAAAAAAACUUGCUGAGCAAGCCGAAACGAGCUAA